AUGGUGGUUACACAUAUUGACAUCGAGCAGCGAGAAGAAAUGGAGGAGGUGAUAUUUUUGACUGAAAGACCCACAGGGUUUCCAGAACGCAGAAGGCGUUUAUCGUCAUGCACACUCGAUGGUGUUGACACUGUUGAAGUUCUUGACGCUGUCGAAGUCGUUGAUUACGAGGAGAUCAUCGAUCUCACGGCGGAUCUCACAGGUCUACCACUUUCUCGUCAAGGCGAGCUCCAUUUGGAGAAGAUACAAAUAUUAAAUGCCACAGUACAGAAGGAUUCAUUCAUUCGAGUACGGAAGUUUCUAUUCGGCAAAUACCAUGUCAAGUUUGUCCUGGUCAAAACGGUGAUCCGAUCCCUAUCCACAAACGCCAUCAAAAUCCGCGGCAUUCCCUUUAUCAAGGCCAGCGAAGCAUACUCGAAACCACACGACAUGAUGCCGAAUGAAGUCUGCAUGCUCAUUUACCAAGAUGAAGCAAAGCAUCAAGAAUUCGUGGACAUUAACCUCUCCGAUAAGCUGGAGGUUUGCUUUGUCGGACAGGGGAGCCGCAAGAGGCAGGUCGAAGAGGCGUUCAUCCGCAUACACUCGAGUGAAGCAGACACGCAGUCCAAAGUGUCUGAUGAAGUUCUUCGGAAGCGAUGGCGAGGAAAAACGAAUAAAGGAGGGUCAUGGAUACCCUCGAACGUGGGCAACCCCAUCGAUCUCGAGUCCGACGCUGAGGACAACAAGAAUCGACUCGACGGACAAAGAUACACCAUGUUCGACUCAUGCUCUGGUGCCGGAGGAGUAUCCCGAGGCGCCCUUAUGGCUGGAUUUAAGAUCCAGUAUGCUAUUGAUAAGGCACCAGAAGUUUGGGAGACCUAUGAGACCAACUUCCCUGACACUGAGCUGUUCCGGAUGCCUCUUGACGAAUUCAUUGCGGAACCCAAUGCCGGCCACAAGAGAGUGGAUAUCCUGCAUUUCUCUCCGCCAUGCCAGUUCUUUUCUCCAGCGCACACUCAUGCGUCCGUACAUGACGACGACAACAUUGCCGCGCUCUUUGGAUGUAAUGAACUGCUACAGAAGCUGCGACCGCGUGUUGUUACUGUGGAGCAGACGUUUGGUCUCACUCAUGACCGCCACGGCGAUUAUUUCAACGGCCUCCUUCAUGACUUCACGCAGUGGAACUACUCAUUUCGCUGGAAAGUGGUUAAGCUCUGUACUUGGGGCGCAGCGCAAGAUCGGAAGAGACUGAUCAUAAUUGCUGCUGCGCCUGGGGAAAGAUUGCCACCGCUCCCAAAGGCGACACAUGGCGACGAACCUGGGUUGUUACCAUACAAUACUAUUGGCAAGGCUCUUAGAGGCAUUCAACUUGAAGACGAUCUUCAUGAUCCUGAUAGGGUUCACCACUUUAACCCUCCACGCGCCCCAUACGACCCAGAACGCCUUGCUGGAACGAUCACCACUAGAGGAGGUGACCUAUACUAUCCCGAUGGGUCGAGAAAGUUGACUCUACGGGAGUUUGCAAGCCUUCAAGGGUUCCCAAGGUGGCAUUUGUUCUUAGGGAAUAUCACAUCCAUCAAGCGACAGAUUGGAAACGCCUUUCCACCUGUCACUGUGCGUGUGUUAUACAAGCACAUAGAACAGUGGCUCCUGAAAGAAGACGGCAUGAUUCCCUGUGAUAACCGAAACAUCAUUGCCAUCGAAGAGGAUUCCGAGGAUGAGUCACCCCGUUCCCCAGACAUGAUGGAGGUAGACAUCGAUGAGAGAAGCAACCAUGAUUACUGCGUAGCGGAGGCAAUGGUGAUCGACUUGACCUAA